AUGGGUCUACUGCCAACAGUUACAAAAGCUUUUGUGUUACUAUCUUGUACCUUUCUAGGGUUGAUAUGCGGAACGAACUAUUUAUACUCCUCAUACAGUCCCCAGUUAGCUACAAAGUUAAAUUACACAGCAGCAGAUUCUUCCAAGAUCGCUCAAUUUGGUACCAUUGGGGUGGCAAUAUCAGGGCCAAUUUCUGGCAGAGUCGUAGAUAAGAAAGGGUAUACCUUCCCUUUGAUAAUUGGGGGUCUUUGUAUAUUAUGUGGUUAUUUGGGAUUGAAAAAACAAUUCGAUUACGGCCACUCAAGCUUACCGAUAAGUUAUUUGAUGUUAUUCCUUAUUGGGUCAGGGUCCACGUUCAUGAACUCAGCGUGUUUGAAAUGUUGUGCCAUCAGUUUCCCAAGUCUUCGAGGAGUAGCCACCUCAUUACCUUUAGCCUUAUAUGGAUUAAGUGCAUUGUUUUAUUCAGUGAUAGGAUCAAUAUUCUUUCCAGGGGAUACGUCCAAGUUCCUUGGGUUCUUGGCUUAUUCUUCAUUAUUCAUAUUUGCUAUAUGUGCACCCAGCAUUAUUUUAACCGAUAGGGAACAUCAGUUGAGGAAAACAUUACAAAAGGCCAAUAAGUCAAGUAUUGAAAUGGUGACAUUAUCACCAAUGAUUUCUCCACCUAUGAGUCCAAGGCCUUUACCAGGGAUAGGUACAAGAACAUUACCCAACAGUCCUAGAGUGGGACCAGUAUCGAGUAGAAGUGAAUAUUCAAAUACUGAAUUGCAAGCAGAUGGAGAAAUACAUGGAUUCCAAUUAAUAUCAUCACCAAAAUUCUGGCUUCUUUUCUUUUUAACGGGUGCAUUAUCAUCAAUGGGUCAAAUGUAUAUUUAUUGUGUGGGGUAUAUUGUUAAAGCAUUAAUCAGUAAAGGUAUAGUAUAUGAUGAAACUUUCAUUGGAGAAGCGAAAGACAAAUUGGAAGCUUUGAUUCAAACCAAUCAACAACUACAAGUUGGUUUAUUAUCAACCACCAAUUGCAUUGGUAGAUUAGUCUCAGGAAUGUGUGGAGAUAUAAUCACUCAAUCAUUUAAUAAAAGAAGAUCAUGGUUAUUAUUUGUACCUUCAAUUGGUUUAACCAUCACUCAGAUAAUGGGUAAAACGAUUGAUGAUUACAGAAGUUUGGGAUUAAUGUCUUUGUCAACCGGAUUCUUUUAUGGUUUUACAUUUUGCAUUUUACCAUUAGUGGUGGGGGAUAUUUUCGGUAUGGAAAAUUUCUCUAUGAAUUGGGGUAUUGUUUGUCUUGCUCCAAUUCUUCCAAGUUUCUAUUUUACCAAUUUGUUUGGUGAAAUAUUUGAUUCCCAUUCUUCAACAAUUCCUGAUGGUAGUCAUGUAUGUACCUUGGGAAAAGAUUGUUAUUCUUCAAUUUUCGACAGGAAUAUCAUGGUGACGUUGGCAACGGUUUUAACAGCCAGUAUUUUGAAUUUUGGAUAUCAUUGGUUAUCCAAGAAGAGAGUAGAAUAUAGUAAAUUAAGUACGUAG